AUGGUUAAAGCCAAGGAAGAGGUUAUUUCCGAGUUCAAUGAGUACGUCAACAUGACGGCCGAGGACCUCGAGUCCUGGCUCAAGUCGGACGACUCAAACAGCGCGGGCUGGCCCAAGGACGACGCCGAGGGCGAGGGCGAGUCGGUCGGACAUGACAGCGGGCGCAAGAUUGUCGAGAUCCUCCAAGCCAACCCCGAGAAGAAGGAGGACGAGUACACGGAUGAGCAGAUUGAGCACAUGCGCAAGGUCGUGGCGUACUGUAAGCGACACUUGGCGCAAGAGUCCAAGGGGAACAGUGAUAAGUCGCCCGAGGAAGUGAAGAAGAGCAAGUCGUAUGCUUCACUGAAGAACUGGGGGCACGACUUCCUCAAGGCCCAGGGCAAAGAGAAUGGCGCAUCAAAGUCGAAUGGAAAGUCCACCAAGAAGGAAGAGAACGGCGACGAAGAGAAGGCCGAGUCGAAUGGGUCCAAGAAGCAAAACGGUUCCAAGAAGGACGAAGAAGAGGCCGAAGAUGAUAAGGAAGAGGAGGCUGCUGACGAAGAGGCCGAGGACGAGAGUGAAGAGAAGGCCGGUGACAAGCGCAAGAAUGCUAGCGAGGAGAACGGUUCUAGCAAGAAGCGACAGACGCGCCAGGGCGAGGGCAAGUCGACUGAGAAGUCGGAUGAGAAGAAUGGGGAUGAUGAGAAGGAAGAAGAGGCUGAGGAGAAGGAUGAGGAUGGUGACGAAGAGAUGGAGGAGGACGGCGACGACAAGGAGAAUGGCGGUGGUAAGGCCAAGAAAGGACCUAAGAAGGGCGAUACCGUCAGCUGGAACUGGGGCAGUGGUCAGCCUGAGGGCAAGGUCCUUGACGUGAAGGGCGAAAAGACGUCUAUCACGACGAAACGCGGAAACGAAGUGUCUCGCGAUGGAGAUCCUGAGGAUCCGGCCGUUGUCAUUGACACUGGAAAGUCGAAAGCAAUCAAGUCUGCUCACGAGUUGAAUGAGUGA